AGCGGUGCGAUUAUUUUCGGAAUUGAACAAUUGAUCCGCCGCUGGAAGAACGUCUCCAAGUUCGCUUUGGCGACAUCGCUUUCUUCUUCAUAGUCUGCGGGAUUGCCGAUCAAUUUGGUUAUCAGUAGACUCGUCGUCGUCGUUUUUUAGUUUUGGUUACGGAGGUAAGUCAGUGGAUAAUCUUCAUGGCGAGGAAGAUGUUGGUUGACGGGGUGCUCGACAAAGUUGGAGAAGAAACUAAACAAUACGAUUUUGAUUUGUUCGUUAUCGGGGCCGGCAGCGGCGGGGUACGGGCCUCUCGAACUUCGGCUGCCUUUGGAGCCAAGGUUGCUAUUUGUGAGCUUCCAUUUCAUCCCAUCAGUUCAGAGGUCAUUGGAGGUGUAGGUGGAACGUGUGUUAUUCGUGGAUGUGUUCCUAAGAAGAUAUUGGUUUAUGGCUCAGAAUUUAGAGGCGAAUUUGAGGAUUCUAGAAAUUUUGGAUGGGAGAUUGAUGGCAAAAUUAACUUCAACUGGAAAAAACUUUUGCACAAUAAGACACAGGAAAUUACUCGUUUAAAUGGAAUAUAUAUGCGGUUAUUAUCAAAUGCUGGUGUGACAAUGAUUGAAGGUGAGGGGAAGCUAAUAGAUGCCCAUACAGUUGAAAUAACAGAACCAGAUGGUACAACAAAGAAGCAUUCAGCAAAGCAUAUCUUGAUUGCAACUGGUAGUCGUGCACAACGUGCAAAUAUUCCUGGCAAGGAAUUGGCUAUUACUUCUGAUGAGGCCUUAAGUUUGGAGGAACUACCUAAACGUGUGGUGAUACUUGGUGCGGGGUAUAUUGCUUUAGAAUUUGCUUCAAUAUGGCAGGGCAUGGGUGCAGAAGUGGAUGUAUUUUACAGGAAGGAACUGCCUUUGAGGGGCUUUGAUGACGAAAUGCGAGCUGUUGUUGCAAAAAACCUUGAAGGAAGAGGCAUAAGAUUGCACCCUGGAACAAAUUUAACUGAGUUGCGGAAAAGUGAAGAUGGGAUAAGUGUUUUGACUGAUCAUGGAGAUGAAUUUACUGCAGACGUCGUCUUAUUUGCGACAGGUCGGGUGCCAAACACAAAGAGGUUGAAUUUGCAGUCUGUUGGUGUCGAGCUUGACAAUGCAGGGGCAAUCAAGGUUGAUGAAUAUUCUUGCACUUCGGUUCCCAACAUAUGGGCUGUUGGUGAUGUGACAAACAGGAUGAAUCUUACCCCUGUGGCAUUAAUGGAAGGAACUUGUUUUUCAAAAACUGUGUUCGGAGGACAGCCAACUAAACCUGAUUAUGCUGACAUACCUUGUGCUGUCUUUUGCUUGCCGCCACUUUCAAUAGUCGGUCUCAGUGAGCAACAAGCUCUGGAGCAAGCAAAGAAUGAUAUUCUUGUUUACACAUCAUCCUUCAAUCCUAUGAAGAACACUAUUUCUGGAAGGCAAGAAAAGACAGUUAUGAAGCUUGUUGUCGAUUCUGAGACGGAUAAAGUAUUAGGUGCAUCAAUGUGCGGGCCAGAUGCACCUGAAAUCAUGCAGGGUAUUGCUGUUGCACUAAAAUGCGGUGCCACUAAAGCACAAUUCGAUAGUACGGUUGGAAUUCACCCUUCUGCUGCUGAAGAGUUUGUGACGAUGAGGACCCUCACAAGGCGUGUGGCAGCUGGAACUAAACCAAAGACAAACUUGUAGAUUCCUUCAAAAGCAGGUUCCCUUCUAUUAUUCUGAACAAAAGAAUACCAUGUUGCCACUAUUCUACGGAUUAAGAAACAAGUAAUUUGUUUCCCUGCAUCUCAAGAGGGUAUAUUUUCUAGAAUUAUUGCUUUGUAUUUUUGGUUCUAUAUAUUGUAAUAAAGGUGGCUGUUUAUUUCUUUGCCAUGGUCAUUCGUGUCAGUGGGCAAUGUAACUCGGCUUAUUAGAAUGAUGGUUUGGUUCCUAAGAUCACUGGCAACUUUUUUUAUCUA